CAUCAAUUAUGUGCGGAUCUGGCACGACGAGUCCCGCGAGCGCUCCGGCGACCCCGCCUUCCUGUGCCUGUGGCGCCCGGUGCCCCCCGCCGGCUACAUGCCGCUGGGGCUGCUGGUGGGGCUGGGAGGCAGGCCGCCGCAGCCGGGGGUACCCGUCAGGUGUGUUCGUGCCGACCUGGCAGCCCCCGAGCCGCUCCCCCGCUCCCUCCCCGACUGGCAGCUGCCCGCCAGCCGGCAGCGGGCGCUGGGGCUGCGGGGGUGGCAGGCGGACCCGGGGCGCAGCGGGGUGUUCGCAGUGCUGGUGGGGGGGCCGCAGG